UACCAAGUUGCACCAGUUCCUAUGGAAACAGACGCACGCUCAGAGGGUCAGCUGACCUACUAAAAUGGAUGUGUUGGAAAGCUUAGAAGUUCGGUGGGUGCAGGGAUACACCAAUGGUACAGUUAAAUUUGUCAACAAGGAAACAGCGUGUUACACCUGCGGAAACUUCAUUGUUUUCCUCAAUGUGGAAACUAAAACGAGGAAGAUUCUUCAGACUCCCGGUUCUGGCAUUGGAGCCUUUACAGCCAGUGGACUUUGCAGUAUCCUUGCCUUUUCUGACCUGAAACUGCAUCCUUCAAUCUUUAUCUAUAACUAUCCAGAGCUUGACCUCAUGUGUGAACUGAAAGGAACAGCUAAACUGGGCUACACAAAUCUGACACUGUGUGAUGCUGGUCCUUAUUUAGCCUGUGCUUCCUCUAUACCUGAACACACCAUCACAUUAUGGAACUGGGAGAGUGGUGUUCCACUUUGUAGCCAUCCACUAGUGGAAGAGGACAUCACAGAUCUGCUAUUUAAUCCCAUGAACUGGUGUCAAAUUUGUGCUGUAAACUCAAGUUCCCUCACGAUCUGGAAUGUUGAAAAAUGUGGCGACUUUCAUUUGAUGAAGCCAAGUGUUGUUCAUCUCCCCGCCAUUGAUGGUUCAGUGGUUGAGCAUGAGGCAAAGCCAUUUCAUAUACCCAGUAGUAAAAUGACAUACUCAGGUCCCCAGAUGCCCAUUUCAGCAAUCGCUGGACUGAGUGGGGACAGAGCUGACAACUAUGUGCCUUUGGAACAAAUAAAACCAAGGAUGUGUGCAAGUGCCAUCUGCUGGUCAUCUUCGUCAAACCUUUAUGUUGGUAGCAAGGAAGGCUUUCUGCUUUGUGUAAAUCCUGAUACUCUAAUCAUCUCUGUUCUAUACAAUCCUCAAACUAAUGCAAUCAUUAAUGAUGACAGUGAAACUUCCCUGCAGAAGGGCAGUUUUCAGAGCUUAGCACUGCAGGACUGCAAUCUCUUUGCUGCAGGAGAUGAAGGCAUUUUACGAAACAUUAAAAUUAAAGGAAAUAAACUGGAGGUGGUUCAGACUUGGGCUUUAGAUAAGGCAGUAUCAGCUAUGAUCUUUUCUCCUGACUGUGAGACACUUCUACUAACGUACAGUACAGGCUGUGUUUACAGAUUUAAACCUUUGCUAAAGGAUGAAGUUGUCAAUGUCCGGGAUGUCCUCUUUGGAGAUUUUGUGGCUGUUGCUCCAUUAUACACUGAUAAAAACAUCUGUUUGUCAGCCACAGAGGCAGGAGAGGUGCAGCUGUGGGCCGUUGAUGGUGGACUGUGUGUGGGCUCCAUCUUCCUGCACACAAAGGUGACCAGUAUGGCAUGCUGCCUCAUAGCACAGUACGCUGUUGUAGGGACAGUCACAGGAGACGUCUUGUUUUUAGAGAUGACCACAAAAGAGAAGCCCAGACUAGUACAUAGAAUUCAUCUGUACCAUGUUCCAGUAGACCAUAUUGUGUUUGAUCAAAGUGGCAACUUCCUUAUCACUGGAGCAUCAGACGCUCGCAUUUUUGUGCUGGAUGCAAGGCCGUCAAAAGGAUUUGAAAUUAUUGGAUGGAUCGAGGUUCCAGGUGCCAUUAUUAGCCUGUCUACUCAGUAUAACAACGAGAAGAAUCAGGUUAAAGUGCUGGUGCUAUGUAGUAAACAGGUAGAGGGGAAGACCAACAAUGGAAGUGUGCUUCUGCUACUGACCUUGUUUGUACAGCAGCUCACAGUCUCAACAGGUUGUGUGGAUGUUCGCGGCUGUCUGCGAAAAGAAGUCCUUCACAGCUGUCUGUAUGAGCUCCCUAACACUCUCUGCUCUUGUGUUUUGGCCACCAACAAGAUACUUGGUUACUCCCAAGAGAAAAAAGUCUUGCAGCGAUUUGUUAUCCCCGAGAGUGAAGAAAACCUCUCCCAGGUUCAAGAACCACUCCAGUUAAUCCCAGAGAAGGAGGAAGAGGGGCUUCAAUUAAGCCCUGCAUUUCUACAGCUCUCUCCUCACCAAACCUGGUUAGCAACAGUUGGCAGGGAUGGACUGCUGCGAGUCUGUGAGAUCUCCACAAUGGACAGGUACGUGCAGCUGCAGUGCCACUCAUGUUGGCAGGGUGGAGUUGGCUCUGUUUGUUUUUCUCCAGACAGUCAGACUCUCUUCACUACAGGCCUAAAGGAUGGCUCUCUUGUCUGCUGCAGGCUCAGAUUUAGGCGCUCUGAUGCUGACAAAGAAAAUGCAGCUGCCCAGUAUGACCAGUGGAUAACUCAUUCUUUUAAGUCCAAAGCGUCCUUAGAGAACACCAUCCUCAACAAAAUGUGUGACUGGGAUCCACAAGCACAGUCCCCAACCAGAUAUUCUUCAUUUCAUGUAGGAGAGGUCAGUGUUAACGGAAGGACACUUGAUGAAGCUGAACAAGAGGAAAGCUACUCCGCAUCUCCAAUAAGUUUAACAUGGCUUGAUAGGAAACUUGCUGUGGUUUGUCAAGAGGAGGCCAUGCAGUAUUUAGAGACGAAGAACAUCGUGAGAAAAAAUAUACAGGUUCUACGUGACACCAUCCAGGCUUUGAUCCAGGAGAAUGAGAAUCUGCCAGACAUAGAAAAACUUGAGCUACAUGAGUUUAACCUGGACGUGGAAGAGCAGCAGAGAAUGCAGAACGAGGGACAGCAGAAAGUUGCCAGGGUGAGGAAGGAGAUAGAGAUGGAGAAUCUCGCUAAGUGCUAUCAGAGGGAACUUCUAAAGAGGGAAUGCUGGGAUUCUAUGAAAGUCAAAGGAAAAGCUAUUAAGGCCUUCUAUUCAGAACAUGAGGUGAAUAACUACCCUAUGAAGGAACGCACGGAGGAGGAACUCAGUGAGCUUCAUAGGGUUGAGACCGUGAGGCGGUUUGAACAGACAGUUUCAAGACUCCAAGAUGUGCUACUAGAUAGGAAGAAAGAAGUGGAAAAGGAAGAAUCAGACGACAGUAAGACUGAAAAUCCCGCUGUCACAGGCAGCUUGAGUUCCCUGUAUGGAGGCUUCAACCCUUACCUCUACAACCAGUUUGACUUACACACCAGAGAGCAAAAAAUCAACCAAGUCACUUUGCUAAAGGACGUUAUCUACAAAGUGAAGAUCUCAUUUAAUGAAGAAUUUGAGGCUGUGUACAAGCAGAAGGAACAGGAGAUCAAUCGUGUUAGAGAGAAGAACAAGCGUAUCUCUGAGAUUAUGGCUGAACUGGACCUAAGUGAACCCUUAUGGGAGCCCACUCUUACAAAUAAUGAGUGUCCGGAGAGAGCCCUCACUGUGACGGACUCAGAGAUCAAGGUAGAGAAAUACCUUACCCCCGAGCAGAGACAAACGGAAGAAAAACUAAGAGAGGAAGAAGAUCGCCAACACCUUGCAGCUAAAUCUGAUAACUUGAGAGAUCAAGCGCUUAAUGUGAUGAUGGGUGGAGUUUUGGAGCUUAAAAAAGAGGAUAUCCUGAGGAUGGAAGUACCCCAGCCCGAGUUUAUGUCAAAACCAGAGGUACAGUGGACAGAAGAUGAACGAAAGAGCUUCAAAGUGUAUGAGAAAAAAGCAAAGGAGCUGAAAGAGGAGCAAGAAAAGCACAGAAAGGCAUUACAGACAGAAAUAAAGAAACUGCUGAUGUCUGUAAAAGAGGCUACACAGACCUUUGAUGAAAGACUCGUUAAGCUGUUUGAAAGGAAGCUGAAAUCUGAGAUGAUUAUUUACCAAGAGGAGCUUAAGAUUGCAAAUCUGGUUCACGCUGUUCAAACUGAAGAAGAAAUCCUGAAUAGGGAGAAACAGUUGAACUUUAAACUUGAGAAGGCACAAAUUGUAAAGAAUGAAAUUGUGGAAGAAAUAAAAAAAUACAACAAUGUUGUUGACCAGUUUAGAGACGUGUACGAAAAGGCAGUCGCUGAGGACAGGCUACUUGACAAAGGAUUUCGUAAAGACUUUGCUAGCAUUCCCGGACACAUUGUUGACCAGCUCUAUAAGCUUUACAAACGCAGACCCAGGGUUCAAAGGAUGAAAACACAGACACAAAAUAACCUGUUCAAGGAGGGUGCUCAGCUAGGUACAGCAGCAUCAGAGGGACUCGCUCUUAUGAUGAAGGCAAUGGAAGAAUUAGAUGCUCCAAAGAACAUGCCUCAAGGAUUAGAUCCGGUUGUUUGGAAGAAGUUUUGCUUGGCCAGACAGACCAAAGUGGAAAGUGAACAUCAGAUAAAUCAAGAAGCAUUGACCCUUGCAGAGAUGCAGGCUUUUCUGCAGAGAAGAAUAGAUGAGGAUGAGAGAGCUCAUCUUGAAAUUAAAAAUCUCAUUGCUGCUCUGAAUGGUCUCAACGAAGAGAAGGAGAUGUUCAGGUUGGACUGUAUGGUGCAGGUUGUUCUGCAGCAAGGUCUGGUGGAAGUGGAGGCUAAAGACUUCAUCGCUAAUUAUGAAGAUGCUCAAAUGAUCCGUCGCAGUGAAAUUGAGGACCUAAACAGCACCAUCAGGGCUUUAGGAGAUCAGAAGAUUGACACUAUGGUGAAGUGUAAAGACGUCUGCAGAAAAAACAUACAACAGCAGUGGGAGCACACGAGAAUGAGCAUGCAGCUGGAAGAUCUCGCCAAUAAAAUCAGAGACAUCCAGUUACUGCGCAUCUCUCCAGAGAUUCGAGAGUAUCUGAAUGAAACAGAUCAUGACAGGAAGAUGUCGAAGCAGAUCACAAUAGAGAGGACGAAAGCGUUGCAAGACACGGCUUAUCAGAAGAAAACUGUGUGUUGUAAUAAACGCCUACAACAUCUGAACAAACAGAUCAAACAAAUGCAAGAGAAAAACAAAUCCCUUGAUUUGCAAGUAGCUGACGUGAAGAAAACUGUUGCAGAGAUAAGGAAGAUUUAUGAGGAUGCUGGAACAGGAGACAGCCAGCAGAGAGAGGUGGAACAGCGCUACAAAAAUAUCACUCUAAGAACAAACCUGGUGAACCAAGCCAGAAUGCAAUCUGAAGAGAUUAUCUCACUGAGGAAUGAGGUGGAGAAACUGCGCAAGAAGACCUUCCCGGUCUUUCCAGCUCAACAUCAAAUCUGAUUCAGGAUGCAUAACUGAAGUUUAUUACUACAGAUUUAGGUUUAAACAUAAAAUGAUUUGGUUAAAUUAACAUUUGACAACAAGAAAUAUUCAAUAAAUUACAAAAACAUUUGCACA